AUGAAUGGACAGCCAGAACAGAGAGUGAACAAGAAGGUCACCGAGCCCUACAGGAGUGUCAUUUCUCACAGAGCCCGCCUCUCCGGGCGGGAGCGGCGUGGGGGCGUGGCCGCACAUGCGCGGUUCGCCUGGUGCCUCAGCCCCGCUCCUCUGCGGCUGCGCGAGCGGCGACGCUGGGGGCGCGGGCUGCGGGCGCGCAGGCGCAGUCUCGCGCGGGCGUCUGUCGGGUGUGGAAGGCGCCCGCCCGCGAGCCCCUCAGGUGCCUACAGGUCGCGGGGUCGCGGGCCCCGGCCGAGUCCCGGCAGCACGGAGGUGCGGGGUGUGGCCGAGGGUUCGGGGCCGGGCUCCGCGGGGGCGGGCGCACCGCAUCCGGGGGCUUCGGUCCCGCCCGCGGCCGCCGCCAUGGCCCCGGCGCCCGCCUCGCGGUUCACGCUGCUGGUGAUGCAGCCGUGCGGAGCCCCGGAGGAGACGGCGGCCGGCGGCGGCCCGAGGCCGGCCCCCGCGCCCUGCCGGCCCGCCGCGUACCCGGCCGAGGCGCCGGGGGAUGCCGAGGAGGACGACGAGGCGGAGCUGCUGGACACCUCGGACCCGCCGGGGGGCGGCGAGAGCGCGGCCAGCCUGGAGGAGCUGGACGACGAGGACGCGCACUCGGGCGGCGAGGGCGGCGGGCGGCGGCGGGGCGGCGGCGCGUGCAAGACGUGCACCUACGAGGGCUGCAGCGAGACCACCAGCCAGGUGGCCAAGCAGCGCAAGCCGUGGAUGUGCAAGAAGCACCGCAACAAGAUGUACAAGGACAAGUACAAGAAGAAGAAGAGCGACCAGGCCCUGAGUUGCGGGGCCUCCGCCGCGGCCAGCAGCGCGGGCAGCGUCAAACUGGAGGAAAGUACAGAUAACCUGCUCUCCAUUGUCAAACAGAGAACAGGAUCUUUUGGAGAUCGUCCUGCAAGACCUACUCUUUUAGAACAAGUGUUAAAUCAGAAAAGAUUGUCAUUACUAAGAAGCCCAGAAGUUGUACAGUUUUUACAGAAACAGCAGCAGCUAUUAAAUCAACAAGUUUUGGAGCAAAGACAGCAACAGUUUCCAGGAGCACCUGUGUGAGAGAACUUAACUAAUAACUUCUAUGUGUUUUUUGUCCAUGUUGUAAUAGAUGAACAUAUUUUUAUACUAAAGAUAUGUUGAGUAAGAUAUGCUAAGGAGCACGUAUUGGUGCUGUUAUACACCUGUAAUCUCAACACUGGCUGGCUGAGGAAGGAGGAUUGUGAAUUCAAGUUUGUGCCAGCCUGGGCUACAUAAUGAAAGAGAAAGGGAGCAAGAGACUGGUAGUAUAUAAACAUUUUACUGUAAAUGUGUAUGUGCAUUUGAAGAUAAGUAUUGCAUGUUUUUUUGCAUUUGAUCCUUUCAGAAUACAACUGCUUUGAAAAAAAAUCAGCCUAUCUUCUCAAAAUGACAAUUACAGUUUUGGGGAAAAAUGUUUCUCUUUAGUCAUUGUUACUAAAGCUAAUGCAGUUAGCUGAUAGUCUGGAAUGAUCUAGCUUCAUGAGUCCCAUCAGCAAACAUUGGGAAAUAUGUUUUGGGGUUGUCAUCAUGAGCUUGAAUACUGCUAGGUUUUCAUGAGUGGGCCAAGAACACUAAAGUUCUGUAGUGUUGUAAUUACUCCCACACAACUAAAAGCCAUCUCACCUGCAUACCUAUAAAGUUUCUGUUAAACACUCACAGCUGCACAUGGUAACCCCUGUUUGGAGUUCAGGUGGGAGCAACUGGGAGUAGGCAUAUUCUUUACCUGGAAGGAAAGUGAUCAUUGAGUUUUCUUUGUAAAUAAAAUUAAGGUGUGCAGAUGAAUCCUGAGAGGAAUGACAAAUGAGGAUUCAUGCAUUCCUAACGUUGACUUCUCAACUUGAUGGUACCUGUUAGUGCUCUCUAGAGCAGACCCUCUCGUGAGGUGAAUUUGAAAAUAUAGGUGCAUCUCAAGUCACCAAUGAAAUUGUUUUUCCCAUACUCAUUUUCCCCAGAAAAAAUAAAACCCUCAUUUUUAAAACAGGUCCUAAAAAUAGGAGCACUCUAGAACUUUGCCUGUGCUUUUGAAAAUUGAGCUAUUUUAAGACUGUUAUUUCUAAGUACUAUUUUAAAAAUGAUGGAUAAUAAGUAUUCUUUUUUGUACUUUCUCCUAUGAACACUUGUAAAAGGAAAAUUUGCUGUAAGAGUAUCAAGUCAAAUGUCAAGAGAGUAUAUUUAACAGUAGGAUAAUAAAUGGAUGUGCCUCAGGUUGUAUUUACAAGGCUUUGCUUGUAGGUUUAUAAACUCUGCAAAAGUGUAUCAUGUUAAAUUUAGUCAUAACUGUUCUAAGAAUUGCUUAUGGAGCUGAUGAUAUAACUUGUUGGUAAAACACUUGUCUAGCACAGGUGAAUCCUUAUCUUCAAUCCCCAAUGCCACACACACAAUUAUUUAUAAUAAUAUAAUUAUUUAUAAUAAUUAAGGCAAGAGAAUGUUUCUCUUCACUUUUUUUACUUGCAUAUCUUCAAAAGCACUUUUGCCAGAAUUAUUCAUUAAAGUCCAGUUGUUGACCUUUAAGUUUCUAAUUUACUUUCUUUGGUUGCUUCCCACUGGCUGCAGGGCGCGCUUACUGUUUGGUAUUACAUUUGUAGUGCUGGGAGCUGCCCCCGAGCCUGUUGACUUGAACAGCAGGAUUCAUUGGCUUGCGCUUCUUCGCUUCUUCACUCGAGUAAGGGGUGGAGAAGAGCAAAGGCAGCAGAGUGAGAGCUGGAUGUUUAUAUAUGCAUGAAGUGGUAAUGGGCUUUAGACACAAGGAAAAGUUAUGGAGCUGCAUGAAAGCCAGUGGGAGAAGAGUCUAGUUGGGUGUUACCCUCAAGAAAGCCAUCCACCUUUUUUUUUUAAGUCUUAAACAGUUUCCACACAUGUAAACUACCAGUAAACAUACCAGUAUAGUUGUACUUAAGUACUGCAGUUUUGUGUUUUAGAUUUUCCUUUUUUCCCCCUGUGUUUUGGCUUGGGCUUUGGUUUUCUCAUCCUAUUUUCCAUGUGCUGCAGACUUCCAGGUAAUCUUUGCCACAACAGAGCACAUAGUUUUUCUAUGCUCAUAUAGUUAUAUAUAAACAUACAUCAUGCACAUUUAAAAUUGUGUUUAUUUCACAGGCACAUUAUAUGUGUUUGAAUUGUGCUUUUAAUGCACCAGGACUAUGUAGUAGUAAUUUGUAUGUAGACAGCUCUGAGUCUUGUCUUUAGAUGGCUUCACAGCAUCUCAUGAUGUGCAUGUAUCGUUAUUUGUUCAGUCAUUCUUGGGCAUUUAUUUGGUAUCCAGUUUUCUUUCCUGGUAAGCAGCUGCAGCAAGCCGCCCUUUAUCCUUAUAUUGCAGUAUACAUUAGUGGUUUCACACCUUGAGCUAGACUUCUGUAAAGAACAACUGGGGCACUCGGCUUGGGGGAUAUACUUUAUUGAAAUAGUCUUCUAUGUUUUGGAUUUUUACCAUGCACAUAUAAUCGUUUCAGAUGCUUUUUGUUAAUAUUAACUAAAGGAAUUCUUGUUAGAAAUUGAGAAGAGCAGACACUUAAUACAAUUAUUUCUUUUUUUCUUUCCUGUAGCUCCCUAGAAUAAUAAUGCAGAAUAGAGGGGUACAGAUGUUUCCUCUAAAGAGGCGAGGUUCCAUUCCUUUUCCCCAGAGAGCUGUACCACGUCAUGUGCUUGCAAGCACUGAGGGACGAUUUAGUUUCCUCAAGCCUUCCCCAGCAGGCAUGAAUGCUCUUCAUAUGUCCUGGCUUCCUCUUGAGUGUGAAUUGCUAAUUGUUACACUUAGGACUUCCCACAGUUGUGAGUGAUUGUUAGUUGUUUAGAUCUGCUCUUCUGUAAGUUGCCUGGUGAAAGCUUUUGCCUUGUUUGCCUUUUUCUAUUCAGGUGCAGAAAUGUAAUGAACAUUCUGAUAACUGACUCUUUAUCAAUAAUUUUAUCCAUUUUUUUUCCAGUCAAGUGUAAAGUUUGUUGACUUUAUCUUAUUUAUUUAUUUUUUUUGCCAAAUAAACUUCUAUUUUUCAGUA